AUGGCUCGACCAAAGGACGACAGGGACGCGCGUCGGGAGGAGGAAGAGGAGGAGGAGGAAGAAGAGGAGGAGGAGGAGGAGGAAGAAGAGGAAGAAGAAGAGGAGGAAUGGACAGAGUUGAAUGAACUUGAGGAAAUUGAAGAUGGCCCCAGCACGUACUACGUGGGUGCGUUCAGUACCUUGCAGAGGCUCCAAGACGCCUUGGACGUCGUGAAGUACCGCGAGGACGUGGUGCUCGUCUACCCCGGCGCGUACACGGAGGCGCAGGUGAAGGUGGACGAGACGCGACUCGAUGGCCUGCGUGUGAUGAGCGUGCCGAUGGCGAUGGGGCCGAAGGGCGGGUACCGCAAGAAGGUACGAAUCCCUAAAGACCAACGCCGCAUGGGCCCCUGGUUUGCCCCAUUCGGUAGCGAUGCGCCCAACACCGAAGCCGUUACUCCCACCGCAUCCGACCCGUUGCGAUUCCCCGUGUUUGAGGGGAGGCUGGUGCUGCUCAACAGUGGGCCCUUCGCCCAUCGCGAUGGCGACGGUGGGGCGGUGCCGAAAGUGGCGCCCAUCAGACACUACGAUCCUCGCGAAGACGCCAGAGACGAGGAGGAAGACGAGGAGCCUGAAAAGGAGCCGGAAGCCGAGGAAGAAGAAGAAGAUGCUCAGCAGCAGAAAAUUAAUAUCACUCGUCUAGAGAUGCAGGGUUUGUGUUUUCUUGGAGGAGCCUCUUUUGAGCCUCUCACUCGAGCCACAGUGCGUCACUGCGUGUUUGGGGAUCGGGUGGUUGAGCAGCAGACCGAAAAGUCAAAUGGGGCGGUGGAGACUACUCCCUCGCCCUCACCAUCAUCAUCAUCAGCACCGCCCUCAUCCUCAUCGCUCGUGACGACCGUGAUGGGAUGCCCCCUAACGGAGGUACAGAUGGAGUUCUGCGUCAUCUAUGGACGCCAGCAGCACGCUUUAUACGCUCUUCCACGAUGUGCGUUGCGCGUGCUAAACUCCAUUAUUCUCGGCCCGCAGCUGGGCCUUGCAGCUCAGGUCGAGCAGGUUCAAGUUCGUGCGGCUCGCCAUGCGCAGCAGAGUCCCAUUCUCCGACUCGCACAUCGCUGGAAACACAUCUUGGAUCAGGCGCAGAUACCGACGACGACGACGUGCGAAGUGGGUGUAUACCUGGAUGACGCAGAUGUAACGCUGCAAGACUGUUUCGUGGCGCACACCAGCAUUGGCAUUUUGCUAUUGGGCGGUUGCGCCGGCACUCUGGUGAGUGCGGUUCGCACAGAGAGCCACAGCACCGUUGGCAUCCUCCUCUCUGGUGAGAGUGGGGCGGCAAAGAUCAAAUGUUGUAUGGUGCGAUGGUGUGGUCGGGAGUGUCUGCUUGUCAAGGGCCCGGUGCCCCCAGAGCUGCCGAACCCCGUGCCUGCAGAGAAUGAUGCUGGGAGCCUUGCUGCUGCGUAUACCGAGAAUGCCAAUGAUGACGACGAAGAAGAAGAUGAGGAGAGUGCGGUGAACGCCGUGCCGCGUCUAGCCAUACCAGCGCAGCACCCCAUCCUGCGCAGCAACGCCUUCGAGGGUAAAGUGCGUCUGGAAGAAGACGUCAGGUGUGGGGCGAUGUGCGACAACGUGAUCUACGUCCCGAAGGAGGAGGCCGCGGUGGAUGAUGUGCCGCCGCUGGUGGGCCCAGCAGCGGAGAAGCGGUUCGCGCUGAAGGGGUUUCACAUCCACGUGCGGGGCAGCACACCGCGCGAGAACGACGAUGACUAG